AGGCUGGGUCCUGAGCUCGCGGCUUCCGGGAGGCGCCCGAAGUCUGAUAAAUACAUCCCGGUGCCCGGGAACAGCGGCUGCCUCCCGCACCGCCUCCCGCAAGGCCCGGAGCCGCCGACAAGGGCGCGGGUCGGGCGCGGCGCCGGCUCCUCCUCCUCCCGCGGCCGGCGUGUAGCAGCAGAGAGCGGCGGGCUCGGCCGCGGCACUGAACCCAUGAGCGGCGGCGGCUGAGGGCCCGGCCGGCCUCUGCCCGCCUCUGCCAGGCGCCCAAGCGGGGCCGCAGCGCCCGGGGCGCGGGGUCCGGCGGGUGACAUGGGGGCGACCUGACGCACUCGGGGCCGCGGAGCGCCCUCUCGAGAGCCGCGGGCCCUGCUCGGCGGCGGCGGCUGCGGGCGCCCGGCCCGGCGCGCUCUGCCCGGGGCGCCCGCGGAGCUCCGCCGCGCUCUAUGCGCCUCUGCGGGCGCCGCGGGCCCGGGCCAUGGCUAUAGACCGGCGGCGUGAGGCGGCGGGUGGCGGGUCCGGGCGGCAGCCGCCUCCGGCGGAGGAGAACGGCUCCCUGCCGCCCGGGGACGCGGCGGCCUCGGCGCCCCUCGGGGGACGCGCGGGCCCCGGCGGCGGCGCGGAGAUCCAGCCGCUGCCUCCGCUGCAUCCCGGCGGCAGCGGCCCGCACUCGAGCUGCUGCUCGGCGACUGCUGCCCCGAGCCUCCUGUUGCUGGACUACGACGGGUCGGUGCUGCCCUUCCUCGGGGGUCUGGGCGGAGGCUACCAGAAGACCCUCGUGCUGCUCACCUGGAUUCCAGCACUAUUCAUCGGCUUCAGCCAGUUCUCGGACUCCUUCCUCCUGGACCAGCCCAACUUCUGGUGCCGCGGGGCCGGCAAAGGCGCCGAGCUGGCGGGGAACACAGUCAGCGGCCGGUGGGGCGAUAUGGGCAAUUGGACCAGUCUCCCGACCACCCCCUUCUCCACGGACUCCUGGGGAGCUGCGGGCAACCGAAGCAACAACAACAGCACAUAUGGGGGCGACACGCCACCUCUCCCGUCCCCUCCGGACAAGGGGGAUAACGCCUCCAACUGCGAUUGCCACGAAUGGGACUAUGGGAUCCGCACGGGCCUCGUUCGGAAUGUGGUCAGCAAGUGGGAUCUUGUGUGUGAUAAUGCCUGGAAGGUCCAUAUCGCUAAGUUCUCCUUACUGGUUGGAUUAAUCUUUGGCUACCUAAUAACUGGAUGCAUUGCUGACUGGGUCGGCCGGCGGCCUGUGCUGCUGUUCUCCAUCAUCUUCAUUCUGAUCUUUGGAUUGACUGUAGCACUGUCAGUGAAUGUGACAAUGUUCAGCACACUCAGGUUCUUCGAAGGAUUUUGCCUGGCUGGAAUAAUUCUCACCUUGUAUGCACUACGAAUAGAGCUGUGUCCGCCUGGAAAACGGUUCAUGAUCACGAUGGUGGCGAGCUUUGUGGCCAUGGCCGGCCAGUUCCUCAUGCCCGGGCUGGCUGCCCUGUGCCGGGACUGGCAGGUGCUGCAGGCCCUCAUCAUCUGCCCCUUCCUGCUCAUGCUGCUCUACUGGUCGAUAUUCCCCGAGUCCCUCCGGUGGCUGAUGGCUACCCAGCAGUUUGAGUCUGCAAAGAAGCUGAUCCUGCACUUCACCCAGAAGAACUGCAUGAGCCCUGAGAGCGACAUCAAGGGCGUGAUGCCCGAGCUGGAGAAGGAGCUUUCCCGGAGACCCAAGAAGGUGUGCAUCGUGAAGGUGGUGGGGACCCGGAACCUGUGGAAGAACAUCGUGGUUCUGUGUGUGAACUCGCUGACAGGGUACGGGAUCCACCACUGCUUUGCCAGGAGCAUGAUGGGCCACGAGGUGAAGGUGCCACUCCUGGAGAACUUCUAUGCUGACUACUAUACCAUGGCCAGCAUCGCACUGGCGUCCUGCCUGGCCAUGUGCGUGGUGGUCAGGUUCCUCGGGCGCAGGGGAGGGCUGCUGCUCUUCAUGAUCCUCACCGCCUUGGCCUCACUUCUGCAGCUUGGGCUCCUCAACUUGAUCGGAAAAUACAGCCAGCAUCCAGACUCAGGGAUGAGUGACAGCGUCAAGGACAAGUUCUCCAUUGCGUUUUCCAUUGUGGGCAUGUUUGCCUCCCAUGCGGUGGGAAGUCUUAGUGUGUUCUUCUGUGCAGAGAUCACCCCCACAGUGAUAAGGUGUGGAGGGCUGGGGCUAGUUCUGGCCAGCGCAGGCUUUGGCAUGCUGACAGCACCUAUCAUCGAGCUGCACAACCAGAAAGGCUACUUCCUGCACCAUAUCAUCUUUGCCUGCUGCACGCUCAUCUGCAUCAUCUGUAUCCUCCUGCUGCCUGAAAGCAGGGACCAGAACCUGCCUGAGAACAUCUCCAAUGGGGAACAUUACACAAGGCAGCCUCUGCUGCCGCACAAGAAGGGGGAGCAGCCACUCCUGCUCACCAACGCAGAGCUCAAGGACUACUCGGGCCUGCAUGAUGUCGCCACUGCAGGUGACGGGCUGCCUGAGGGUGCCACAGCCAAUGGCAUGAAGUCUAUGUAGCUGGCCAAGCCACCAUCCUGAGAGUCCCCUGGGGCUUUAAGGGUUGGGGGGAGUUUGGGCACAGGUUUACAGACCAGGGAGCAGGCACAUGACCUGGGGUAGGAAAGUCCAACUCUGCUGCUGAUGCCACCCAAUCGUGAGACUUUCAACUGGUAUGGGGAAAUUCUGUCUUUCCAAAAGUCCAAGGAGAGGGUUCAAGGAAACAGACUCUGGAAACAACCCUUCAAAGACUUUCUUUUCUGCCAUGAAAUGUUUAUAUUUAUUUUGGUCAUUUUUAUGAGAAGCACUUUAUUCCCUUUCCACUCACUGGUCACGAAGCGGAACCACCUCCUUUGGGAGCAAGGCAUGGUCACUCCAAGGAAGACCCUGUGAGUGACCAACACAGCAGCCAGUGUCCUCCCGAGAAGUCAGAUGCCACUCCUCGCCCUCCACCUGAGGAGCCAGAGGUCACCUGGGCAGGCCCAAAGGAGCCCCCCACCACAGGCUGCCCACCUGUGGACAGACAUGACACUCUUGGAGCAUUCCCAGGACUGUAUUUUAGACAGUGAAAUGUACAUGAAUUAGGUUUUUGCUAGAGUCUGUGUAUGGUUUUUUAAACUUUUUUUUCCUUUUUUCUUCCUUUGUAAGGUAAGAGCUUCCACCCCAAGUUUUAGGGGAAAACAGUUCCCGGAUAUCAUCAAAACCAGCUCAGUCUUUCUUUCCUUCAGGAUCAUUCUUUUGUACUUGACGCUGGAAGCUCUUUGGGGGAAACUUCCACACUUCACCAGAAAUCAUAAAUGAUCAGUGAUAAUAUCACCAGUUUUCUGAUGCCAGGUUUUGCUUAGUUAAGUACACAACCAGCAAAUGUGCUGAGGUCUGAGAUGGGUUGAUUUUUAUUAAACUCCUUCCUAGAUUUUGCUCCAGCAGAGAAAUUCCCUCUUUCACGGUCAGCUUUGCAUCUGGCACUACUUGAAAAUGUGGCUACUUUCUCGAACUAAAAACAAGAAAAUAACUGAAAAGACAGCUGAGGCAAACCACAGCAGGGAGGGCCUGCUCUCCCGACACAGCCUGUCACCCACAUCUCAAGCACACACCACAGAGAUCACCGGCUGGGAUAGCUGUCACUCAAGUCACCAGAGCCAGCAUCGCCUGCAAGCCUCACAUCUUCCUCAAUGGCUCCCUGCUUGCCAUUGGCUCAGCCCAGAGGUGGGGCUUGGGCAGGAGUGCAGAUUCCCCACAGGUGAGUCCAAAUGGCCUCCAGCCUCUUGGAAGCAAGAUAAAGUGAGAGAAAGCAAUAACUCACCAAAGUUCCCCUCCCACCUCUGUUCCACCUCCAAGGGUUCUCGCCAUGUUCCUCAUCGUGCACCAUCCAGUAGGAAGCCCAGGGCUAAGAAACCAGCCUUCUUGGCACGCAGGUGCCACUCUGUUGCAACUCUAGCACCUGCUCUUCUGGACAGCCUGGCUUCUCACAGAACGUCAGCCUCACCCCUUAGUGAUGCUCACCUUUGCGGUGGGCUGUGUUCUUCCAAUGUCAUGAUGGUCUUUGGCCUGUUUGGGUAAUUAGAUGACUUCCAAAUGACAGUUGCUAGAAUUCAAAGAGACAGGGGUUGAGUUUCUCCCCUUCCAACUUCCACCUGGUCUUUCCUGUAGUCUCCAUCCAACUCUUGCCCUUCACAGCUGGUACUACGAGUGUUGGCAGGAGCCCACUCACUGCCUUGAUGAAGGUAUCAAUGGGGCAGAGAUCAGAUGUGCAGCCACAUGCUCCCAGCACCUGGACCUGAGCUGUCUCAUCAGCCGAUGCCUGGGGUUGGGAGAACCUCACUCAAGUCCCAGCAGCCGAGGGGAGGCUUUCUGAGCAGUCCUUCCCCAUCCACCUGCUCCAAGUUUAGCUCAUCCUCUCCCUUCCUGGUUUCCGAAGUCACUUUUGUUCCAUGUUUCGACGUUAGUCCGCAUUCACCUUACAAAGGCCUUUUAUUUUUUUUGGAUCUGUGCAGCCUUCGUGUGCCAAACUUGUGAAAUAUCUUUUACCUUUUUUAGGGUAUUUGCUACCAAGACACCUGGCAGCAAGCCCUGUGAAGUUCAGGAUAAGGCAUACUCAGAAGUUGUGAGCGGUCUCACACUGGUCGUGCAGGCCUUUUUAAAGAAACGUAUGGAAACUACAGGAACUGUUGAAAUGACUAGGCAGGUGGUGUCAAGGUAGGGCACUUCCAAACUUCCGUUCCAAAGCCUCCGAUCUCCACCUCAGAUAACAAUGAUGAAAACACUGGGCCAACCAAUUCAGCACUGAUCACUUCAGCAAUCAGGACUAAUCCAUCAGAGACCAGAGGAGAAUCUGGCUUUGAGGCCUGGACUCAAAGGACCAAAGUCUAGUGGAUGUGCAGGUGUUGUCCCUUGGUCCCCCUUUUGGAGCAGCCAGAGGAUGAGGCCGAGUUGCUACUUCAGCUAAGGGGUACCUGAAGCUCUUGAGGAACACCUUUAUGAAAUGUAGCUGGAGAAGGAAACUAUCCCCAUGGACAGAGCCCUGUGAAGUAUGUGUCAACCAAUUCAGAAAGGCAGCAGAUGCACCCAGGCCUGAUACGUGUAAGGCCUGUGGGGCGCCACAGAGGAGGUGGCCUCUGCCCAGCUUCCAGCACCAGGCUGCCCGCACUUGAGCUUCUCAGUCCUGUGUUCCCCCAUGAUUAGUAGAGAGACGCUUCUCAGGCUCCUGCCCCUUCUACUCGGCCCUCUCCCCACCAGGGAAACAUCAAGAGUAUUAACCUACUCCCUGCUACUCUCUCUACUCACCUUUGAGCUCUGUGACUCCUUUUUGAUUUAAAAAAAAAAAAAAAUGCACAAAUGUGAACACCUGAGCUGGGGCUGGAUGUUUCUUCAUUUUAUUUUCCAGAAGCCAAUAAUAACUAUUAUCAAAUAUCCUACUUAUUAGCACCCAAGACAAAUAGGAACAAGUUUUAAAUGUUUUUAUUUUCUAAGAUCAUAAUCACCUGCAACUAGAGGACAGGGCUGGUAAGUUGGUUUGACCACGGAAGAGAGAGCAAGUAAAAAAUCCUCAUUAAGGGAAGUAUCACACUCAACAUGACCAGUUCCUAGAGCCAAAGGAGAAAUCCCUGAAGUGGAAGUGCCACUUAGUCAAUCUCAUGACUGUCACAUUCGCACAGCCCCGGGGUGGCGCAUGGGUUGGAGGAGGCCCAUGCUUCAACCCUGUCUUGUUUUGAAGGACACCACCUCACUUUAAUGUAUCGUGUGUGUUUUGGAGAAGCAGUACGGUGUUAUGUCUAGUGAGGAACGCUUCCCUACCUCUGUCCUUCCUACACCCCAAACGUGUGAGGUUUUCAUAUAAGAACCGUGUUCCUGUACGUGUCAAUGGGGUUCCCCUGGCAGUACUUGUUCACAGCACAAGCUUACAUCCAGUUCUGAACUGUCAUUCACAGCAACGUGUCUGCAUGGUGUCGCAUCUGUUGUACCUUUGGGGAAAAUUCGUAUGUAAAUGUACAGAAAUAAAAAUGUUGCCCCAUUAACAGAUUUCCUCUGGAAUGUCUUCCCUACCUCACCUGAUGGUAUCCAACGAAGGGCAUUUCACUACCAUUGACGACGAGUAAUAAAAAUCCUCCAUGUUGAUUCAGA